CUCCAUCCGAAGAGUAUUUAGAUGCAAUCGCCCUGCCUUCAUCCUUCUUGGCUUUUCUCAUCGACCUAGUCACGUAUACCCUACCAGUUGCUACGUCAGAUCCGCGAGGUACUCCGUCCAACCCCCUCCUCAACUCCUACCAGCGACAUCAUCACUUAGUUAUUUUGAAGUCCAAGCUACCUUCAUCACUACAUUGGACAAUAUGUAUACCCCUCCUCCGCAAGGCGGAUUUUUCCCUUCCUCCCUCCCUUCUCCUGCUCCGUCGUCCGCGCUGUCGUCGGCCACGAUCUCCCAUUCGUUGCCUCAACAAAGGCACCAUCCUCUUAAGCCCGGAUCAUCGAAGGAGACAGCGGUGAUCAAUUACGUGGAUAGUCACAUACUAGCGAUCAACCGGCGACAUGCGAAGAAGUUCAGCAGUUCCUUUUCAGGCGAGAAGGAUGAGGACAGAGGAUACGAACGAUUCAGAGAAGUAGCGAAAGAUAUCGAAGGCAUUGCAGAUGUUCUAUGGGUGAGCGGGACUCCAUCCCUACAGACGCCCUAUCUCAUCUCCAUAGCGGGCCUUUUAAACACGUAUCUUCCAGACUACCCUUUCUCACCCAGGUCUACGUUCCGACUGGUAAGGAAGCUUGACGCGAUGUUUGCUUCUUUGCUACAAGGCGAAGAUGUUGAAACAGGGCAGCCCCUUCCGGGGUUUGAGACCAGGAGGAAUCAGGUCUCCAUGACGGAGAAAGUACGAAUAAAGAGUAUCGCAGAGAGCACGCGCAUCACGAUUCUAGAUACGCAGGAUCAGGGAGGUCCGUUGGAAUUUGAUAUUGAGGAUGAAGAUGGCGAUGGAAAUGAGGCUAGGGAUGAUGAUGGUGAUUUUGGCACCGGCGAAUUCGUCGCUGAUUCGGGUCCAGGUAGAUGGGAGAUGGAGUCCGCAAAAGUCUAUGAGAGGACUAUACAGCUGCUGGGAGACGAGCUUGGGAAGCAGGGAGGGUUCUAAUACCGGCGAAGGGUCGAUAGGUCUCCUUGAUAUUUUGUUGUACUGUUCUGGGCCUUCGCUCUACCAGCCGAGACUCGAACGAUUUUGGUCGCUCUUGACAGCCCGCCGAUAUGACGUGUGCUUAUCUAAUCAAGGAUACCGUCACGUCAUCGAUGAACGGACGAAUGGCUCCGCUGGGCGAUUCGAGCAGCGCGUUCUUUGGGAAUUCUGGAAGCUAAAAAAAGAGGUACAAGAUUCUAUUAUUAUGUGUCCUGCUACAUGCAGGUACGUGUUUUGGCGGAAUUCAGCCAUCGGGGAGGGGGUUGCGUCUGGGGAGGAGAAAGGGUAGUUCAAUGGAAUUGGAUGUUUUGGGAGGAGGGGUAGUUUGGCUGAGGGCAAGGCCUUUCAGUGGAAGCCGCCAAGCGGAGGGUGACCGCUAAUCCCUGCGAGCUCCGCCAGCAUGGCCCUUGGCCAUUGCUUGCAUAUCGCGAGUGCUGGGAAGGGCGAUCAUUGGCUAAUUUUUCAGAUCCACGAGGUUCCGUUCAGAUUAA